AUGUGUGCCCGGAAUGUUCUACAUCGAGAUAUCAGCGUUAACAAUAUAAUGAUAAGCGCGGACGUGGACGCUGAAGGUGGCGCGAAGGGCUUCCUCAUAGACCCAGAGCUAGCUGCCGCAACUGGAAUGGACAAUCUACAAGAGGAGUUGAAUCAUCUCACUGGCACGUACCAGUUCACUUCCAUGCAACGAUUCGAUGACGACCCUGGGCAACAUGCGUCAUGGAAUGACCUAGAGUCGUUCUAUUGGGUUGUGUUGUAUGUCGUGCUACGG